AUGUUACAUUUAAGAUCGCAUAACUUGUUGAUACAAAAGACUUUGUCAGAGGCUUACGAAGCCAAUGAGAAAGGUGCUCCUUUGACAUUGGAUCGUAUUGUCUCUGAUUUUGAUUAUACUACUUUCCAUAUUACUAAUACUCCUGACAACAAAGUUAUUUUAUGGGUCAGUAUUAGGACAAAGGCUUGGCAAAGUGUUUUACAAUGUGACCCAAACAAUGGCUUGGUCUCGUUUUUACAAUCCAAGUAUGCUAACGCUGCUGGUGUAUCGGUUUCUAAUAACACAGAACCUGGUUACGAUUUCACUUUACAAAUUGAUUUAAAUGCUUUGAAUCAAGAUUCAAUAGUUCAAGUUUCUCUAUUGAAAACCAUGGUUUUAAGCUUCCCAUUCCAUUUAGCUUUCCAAGAAUUCGCUCAGCUUUGUACUUUACCUAUACCAGAAGAUGGUUCCUCAAUUGAUUCUAAAACCUUAUAUGCUAUUCAACAUAGAGACGAUGAACAAUUUUUCAUCAAAGCUUCAAAUGAUCGUAUCACAGUUAUCUUUGAAACUGUUUUCCAAGAUGAAACCGAUAAAGUUUUGGGUAAAGUUUUCUUACAAGAAUUUGUUGAUGCUAGAAAGAGAAACCGUAGUAUCCAAUCUGCACCACAAGUCCUGGUCUCUCAUGAACCACCAUUAGAAUUACAAAAUCAAAAAACCACACGCAAUGUCCAAGCUGACUCAAGUAGAAGAUUUAUAACAUUUGUUCUUUUCCCACGUCAUUUCCAAACGGAGGAAUUACAAUUUUCAUCAGUUUCCCAAUUAACUUUAUUCAGAAAUUAUUUCCAUUACCACAUCAAAUGUUCAAAAGCUUACAUGCACUCAAGAAUGAGAUUCAGAGUGGAUACAUUUGUUAAAGUUUUGAACAGAGCUAAAGUAGAUGACGAAGAAGAAGAUAACGAAUCUGAAACCCAACAACAUACAAGAAGAACUAUCACAGGUAGAAAAAUGGUUUAUUAA